AUGCCUUACACACCUCCCGCCCAACAGUCACCAGAGACCUCCAAGUCGAACAGUCCUACCAUCAGCCGAACACACUCCUACUCCAAGGCUCUGUUAAGCCCGGAACUUCCUAGUCAUUCGAGACCGCAGCUACCUCGAUCUGCCGGUUCCUCGUCAUACUUAUCUAAGCACAGGCGCAGUCCAUCGUUGAAUGACGUAAAGGAACUGCUGCAUAAUGGCGAGAUUGGUCCCGAGUACGCCUUUGACCCUCACGGUAGCCUCCGACAGUCUCCUCCCCCGCAGAGCAAUACUCUAGUCCCUGCAGGAAUGACUCUCUCUCCACCAGACUCGGCUCAGAACUCGGGCGAUGAGGAUGAUGUCCGCGGUAGGACACGCGACUUAGAGGCCGACAACCUCAAAGAGCUGCACCUUGCCAUCCGCUCAAUCGAACAAAGGAAAUCGGGCUCCCCUAACCGGACUGAAUCUGUAAAGCAAGUCAACGGUGCGGUCGCCCCUCCUAACACAGGCACUGUCUCGACCAACGACUCACGUCCGCCGCUGUCCCGUGAAGCUCGCAAGAUCUCACACUCGCGGUCGACUACAGACGGCAGCAUCGCUUUUGAGAGCCCCACCAAGGGCCAACUCUCUUCUCCCAACGUAUACAAGCCGGACUCGGAAUCAGACGAGGACUCGGGUCCUGAACUUAGCCGCCCUCCCAUGUUGAGGAAGAAGUCGGGUGAGCUAGUCCGCCCUGCGCUUCGGGCCUCGUCGGCACCAAGGCGGCCCUCCAGCAUGCCUGGCACACCUACCUACUCCAAGGCUGUUCACUUUGACUCUCAUCUUGAGCACGUGCGCCACUUCCUUCAGGUCGAUCGACCGCUGGCUGUCAGCGCUGGCUCAUCACCUGUUGAGACUUAUGAGAGCGAAUCCGAAUUCCCCUUUGGCUCUGAUGAAUCUGGUGUGCGUCAACGUGGCCCAUCUUUCGAGUGGGAGAUCAAGCUUGCCAAUUUCCCCCACACCGAAAUUGAUCACCGCAAAUCGUGGCCCGUACACGUCGAGCGAAUCUUCUUGUCGUCUGAUAACAAAACCCUGAUUGGUUCGAUAGCUGUGCAGAACCUAGCUUUCCAGAAGCAAGUUGUUUCACGGUUCACUUUCGACUACUGGAAAACCACUUCAGAAGUCGUGGCUGACUUUAGCCAUGACGUACGUCGUAAGCAGCAGGAUGAUGGGUUGGAUCGAUUCAACUUCGUCAUCAAGUUAGCCGAUCAGGUCAACCUGGAAAACAAGACCCUGUUCUUCUGCGUAAAAUACGCUGUCAACGGUACCGAGUACUGGGACAACAACAAUGGCGUCAACUACCAGGUGGACUUCUCGAAGAAGACCAAACCGGUCCCUAGCAAGCACGGUCUACCUGGUCUGGGGGCUAGACCUCUCAGUGCUCUGCCUCGAAGCAGACCAUCGCCACCUACCUCAUCUGGUGGACGUCCGAAGUCCUUCCCUAUCUCAUUCGAUGACUUCUCCGCAGGCUUCGACACAUUUUCAAAUUUUGGUGAUUCUGCCACUCUUAUCGGCGAACCCAAGAUCAAGCUUCGUAGCCCGCGCUCCAAGCAGGAGCUGGUUCCCGACGCCCCCGCACGGCGGCCGCGGUCAUCGGGCAAUGCCUUUGGCACUCGCUACGAUUUCAACUCAUCAUUGAGUGCAGCAAAGACCACUGCAAUCUCUGUUCUAGGAGAGAAGAGUGGUCUUUCCCCGAGCUCAGGCGCAAAGCAGACUUCCCGCGAUGUUCCUGUGAUCAACGGGGCCAGCUCAGGGACUCUCUCUCCCAGACCUGAGACUGUUGCUGGUGCGAAAGCUGAUGUGGUCUCCAAAGCUCCUGCUGUCGACUCAGCGACGACGGACAAACCGGCUGCUCUGCUGUCAGAAAAGCCACCACUCACCUCUCAAUCCUACCAGGAACUAGUGGAAAAGUACUGCUUUGUAGGUACCCGCGACAACGACGCAAUCCGGACGCACUGA